GUCACUUUUGGCGGGUUGGACGAAAACUGCUUAAAAUGUUUUCAUCAUUUUAUUUUGAGACCGUGAACAUGAAGCUGACUGUUGCAGCUGUGGGGAUGGUUGCGUUCGUGUUCAGCGUUAUGUCGGUUUCAGGCGCUGGUAUUCUUAAACUGACAAAGAGUAUGGCAGUGAUUGGUCAGCCACUUAUCCUGAAAUACGAAAAUGACAUGACGAAUAUAACACAAAGAGUGGCUUUUGUUUUGGGUACACUUGUACAGGGAGUUUGUGAAGAUCUGACUGUUGUGAAUGGACUAUGUGGUUCUGGACGUGGACAUACUGUCACCAGAAUCUCUUCACAUGUAAUAACGCUUGAGAUACCUUCAUUUGAUGCAACAGUGAAUGCUGGUACUUGGAAAGUACAGGAAGGGUUAAGUCUCUUUUCAAAUGAAUUGGAUUUGACAGCCCCAUUUGCAACUAUCGUGACCAUCUUUUCCAUCAAUACUACGAAUGCCCUCCCCUCAAAAGAACAGAUUAACUCUGAAAAAGAUUUUAACGUCAGCACCGUCAUUGAUUGUGCAUUUCCAAGUGUGAACGUGUCCUGGGUGUUUGGUGACAGUCAAACUCUGACUCCAGUUAUUACCACUGAUGGUACUGGGUGUAAAUCUUCUCUAGUCAAGACAAUUGCUGUUCUUACGAUGAAUGCUAAAUCCAUAACUGGCCUUGUAAAUGUCUUGGUGAGAUUGAUUCAUCAAUCUUUUGAGAAUGAGAAUGAAGUGCUUGACAUACUGAUUGGUUUUCGUGACUUUCCGGAUGAUCCAGAGCGUAUGUCUGCCUUAGGUGCAGGUGCUAUAUCGGGAAUUGUGAUCGCUGUUGUUCUGGCUCUUGUCAUUCCUACUGCGUGGAUACUUUAUAAGAGGAAAAAAAAGAAGAAAGCUGAAGAUAUGCAGAACGAAUCUAAUAACUAACGGAAAACAAAAUCAAGUUCACAACCCUGCAUGUUUCUGUAAUUAGUACCUGAAUACGGAAGGCAUAAACAUGCUAACGCUACAACUCCACCGUUUUCGUUUUUGAUUCGUGUGAAACUGUAUCAGUAAAAAAGGCGUUUUAUUGUUUAUUUAAAAAAUAUUUUUUUUAGAGGUUGUGUUACCUUUGAGUAUUUGAGUAUUUGAGUAUUUUGUAUUUUUGUUUAAAUAAUAUUAUAGCUCAAAUUAGACUAAAGUUGGACUACCAUAGCUAGACAUGCAGUACAUAUUUCACUUACAUUAGAAAAAACUACUGCAGUUAGUUUGCAUCAAACGGUAACUGAUGAAUUGGCUUGCAACAGUAUAAUGAAUAUUGUAGCCUGAUGUUUUGCACACUUGACCAGUGAACGUAUCAGUGGGUCAAUGCCGUAUUGGCACGUGCCGUUUCGCUUCUUGGACAUGGGUCUGUUGUUCACGCUUUUUGCGCCCAACAUUUUACUGCUCCAGCUUUUGUCGACUUUGCUACUGUCGGGUCAUUGUUUGGCAACCGGGGGAACAGAAAAGCAGGUUUUUUCGGUUGAAAAUGGUCGUAGAGCAAUGCCCAGGCUAAAUGAAAACGACCGCCUUCGCGCAAUUGGUAUGAUCCAGGCUAGUAUGCUCCAUCGCGCUCUUGCUACGCAGUUUGGUGUCCACAUAAACACUAUUCAGGCUUUGUGGAAAUGUUUUCAACAAUUUGGUAAUGUCAGAGACCGACCACGUGCAGGUCGUCCACGCGUGACGUCACGACAGCAGGACAAUCAUAUCCGACUCGAGCACUUCAGGAAUCGCUUCCAAACAGCAAGUCUAACAGCGCGGACCAUUCCUGGAUUGCGUGCCAUCAGCCCCAGAACUGUACGGAAUCGAUUACGCGAACGGCGUAUCCGUCCGCGACGUCCGGCUGUCCGUCUAACUUUGCUAAGACGCCAUCGUGUAGCGCGUCUGGCUUGGUGUAGAAAACACUUGCGCUUUAAUCGCCGAGACUGGGCGGGUAUUCUGUUUACGGACGAGUCCAGGUUUUACUUAGACAGCAGCGACGGCCGUUCAAGAGUCUAUCGUCGUGUUGUAGAACGUUUUAGUGACGCCUGUGUUGUGGAGCGACGUUUCAUUCGGCGGAGGCAGUAUCAUGGUUUAGGGUGGCAUCACGUCAACUGGACGAACACCUCUUGUGGUCAUCGAUGGCAAUUUGAACGCCGUACGCUACCGUGACGACAUUAUCCAGGCUCACCUCAUCUCAUUUGUAAAAGGACAGCAACGUCACAUCAUGCUUCAGCAAGGCAACGCUAGACCUCACGUCGCCCGGGUGGUAAGGUAUUUUCUAGCGCAGCAGAACAUCGAUGUGUUGCAGUGGCCUGCAGUCUCAUCCAAAAUUGCACCAAUCGAGCACUUCUGGGAUGAGAGGCAACAUCGUGUACGUGCGCUGCCUAACCAGCCGGUGACGUUGGCAGCUCUGGGUCAGACGUUAGUCCAGAUCUGGAACGGCAUUCCCCAGGCAUUCUUCAACAAUUUGGUAGGCUCUAUCAUUUUAAAUGAAUUGAAGUUUUGCAGAAUUGCCUAAUAAACAAUGCUAUCUGAU